CUCUUUUUCGUGCGACCUCGAAGUCGAAAGCCGAGAACAUGGCUGAAAACUGGGACGAACCGGUGGCGGCUGUGGCAGAAAUCCCAGAAGUCAAACUAUUUGCAAAAUGGUCAUCGGAUGAUGUUCAGGUCAGCGACAUCAGUUUAACUGAUUACAUCGCUGUGAAGGAGAAGUAUGCAAAGUACCUGCCCCACUCGUCGGGCCGUUACCAGGUGAAGCGCUUCAGGAAGGCCCAGUGCCCAAUCGUGGAGAGGCUCUGCAGCUCACUCAUGAUGCACGGACGUAACAACGGCAAGAAACUGCUGACCAUGAGGAUUGUGAAACAUGCCUUUGAGAUCAUCCACCUGCUGACAGGAGAGAAUCCACUGCAGGUUCUCGUGAACGCUAUCAUCAACAGUGGACCUCGUGAGGAUUCCACGCGUAUCGGGCGUGCCGGUACCGUCAGACGACAGGCCGUUGACGUGUCACCCCUUCGCCGUGUCAACCAGGCCAUCUGGCUGCUGUGUACUGGUGCACGAGAGGCGGCCUUCCGUAACAUCAAGACGAUAGCAGAGUGCUUAGCUGAUGAGUUGAUUAAUGCUGCCAAGGGCUCCUCUAACUCUUACGCUAUCAAGAAGAAGGAUGAAUUGGAACGUGUGGCCAAGUCUAACCGUUAAGCAGUCUUCGUCGUUCCCUGUCAAAAUAACAUUUCAAAAAUCCGUGUAAACGUUGGGAAAGAAAAACUGAAGAAAAAAAAGGGAAUUUUAACUUGUUUU